AUCUCUUAAUUCGCAUUUUUCGACCUCCAUUCAUCCUUCGUCCCACUGUAAAAUUUAUUUUAACCUCAUUUUUCACAUAUUUAACCGAACACCCCAUUUAAAAAGGCUUUGAAUAAGCUUUAACGUGUGUGUCGUGUAGUUUUUAAGUGUAAUAUUGCAGUGUUUUAGUGCAAAUGGCUUUAAAAUCCCCACCGGUGUUGUUCGGACUCCUUGGACGACUGUCCCGUCGAUCUUUUUCUACCUCGAAGGCUUUGUCGUCGAAGCCUGUGACUGUGCGCGAUGCCUUGAACCAGGCGAUCGAUGAGGAGAUGGAGAAGGAUGAUAAAGUGUUCGUUUUAGGUGAAGAAGUGGCCCAAUACGAUGGUGCUUACAAAGUAACCAGGGGGCUAUGGAAGAAAUAUGGAGACAAGAGAGUCAUAGAUACACCAAUCACCGAGAUAGGUUUUGCUGGAAUUGCAGUUGGUGCUGCGUUUGCUGGCCUGAAGCCUAUCUGUGAGUUCAUGACCUUCAACUUCUCUAUGCAGGCCAUUGAUCAUAUGAUAAACUCUGCGGCGAAGACGUACUACAUGUCAGCGGGCGCGAUACCAGUCUCGAUCGUGUUCCGAGGACCCAACGGCGCGGCCGCGGGCGUGGCGGCGCAACAUUCACAGUGCUUCGGCGCCUGGUUCAGCCACUGCCCGGGAUUCAAGGUGCUCAUGCCAUACUCCUCUGAGGACGCUAAAGGUUUAUUAAAAGCGGCAAUCCGCGAUCGCGACCCGGUUGUGUUCCUGGAAGACGAGAUCCUGUACGGCGUACCAUUCCCCAUGUCUGAUGAGGCGCUGUCAUCGGAUUUCGUGCUCCCGAUAGGCAAAGCGAAAAUCGAGAGGCCGGGAAACCACAUUACUGUAGUUUGCGCCGGCAGAGCUACCGACACGGCCCUGCAGGCCGCCAAUGAACUCGCUGGGAAAGGAAUUGAAUGCGAAGUGAUCAACCUGCGCUCGAUACGGCCCCUCGACUUCGACACCAUCGCGCAGUCCAUCGCCAAGACGCACCACCUCAUCACCGUGGAGCAGGGCUGGCCGCAGUCGGGCAUCGGCGCGGAGAUCUGCGCGCGGGUGAUGGAGUCGGCGGCCUUCUUCGAGCUGGACGCGCCGGUGUGGCGCGUGGCGGGCGCCGACGUGCCCAUGCCGUACGCGCGCUCGCUGGAGGCGCUCGCCCUGCCACGCGCGCCCGACGUGGUGGCCGCCGCCACCGCCGUGCUGGCCAACAAAAUCUCGGAAUCUAUGAAUCAGUGAAAUAGGAAUCUCUAGGAACGGUAACAUCGCGUCAAACAAAUUGUAAAUAUUUAUAUAGAUAUUGUAUCUGUGAACGAAAACAAACAUUGUGGCUGUAAUGCAUCGAUUACUCGAUACACGUGAGUCAGGUAUGGAGAUAGAAAAGUUUUAUUUAAAUAAAUCUAUUAUUUAUA